CAUCGCAGAGGGAGGGAGGGACGGGGAGGCAGAAAGAGAGAGAGAGAGUGAGAUACGGGGGGUUGAGCAUGGGUUACGUUCUGAGGGUUCGGUUGGCCGCCUUUUUCGCCGGAGCAGCGACAGCCUCCGCCGCCGGCUUCUACGUGCUCCACCGUGAUUACAAGGUCGCCCAUGAAUCCAUCUCUGAGAAGGUGCAAUCCUUGUAUGAAUCACUUGAUGAAAGAAUUUCGUCGUUGGAGAGACUGAAAGAGGUAAAAUCACAAGCGGAGCAAUUGGAUGCUACUGAAUAAACAUGGAAAUGGAUACGAGAAAUAAAAAGUUUUGUUCUUGUUUUCUUGGGGGCUGUUAUCUGAGACGCUCAUAUUCCCAAGAGAGGCUGCUUGUAACCAGCAACAUGGAAACAGUGGAAUGAUGUAUAUUCACUGAGCUGAAACUUUUCUUUGACAACUCAAACAGAGCUCAUGCUUCUAGUUGGUCUCUCAAUUUAAGAGCAAGCAAAAAACUUAAAAGAUUCA